UUGAAUUAAAGCGUUGAAUUAUAUCACAAAUCCCAAAUUCGGGGGAGAAACUCUGUAUCCAAACUCCAGGGAAAAGUUGUUUCCUGCCGAUUUCCUCAGCCUUGAGAAUAAACAGCGCUCAGUCUUUCUCUGGGGUUCUGCUCUGAAACAUUUCACCUGCUUUGGGAAAGAAGAACCCCAGUAAAACACCUUUUUUUUUUGCAGUAGAAGAUUUGUGAAGAGUUGCAUUUCAUGCUCAUCUGCACAGUUAUAUAAACGCUCAGCAAAACUGCACAGGAAUUGUCUUGGUUUGUUGGGAAACAGUGGCAGUGUCGGGGAGGAAUUAGCAGCUAAACCACAAACCUCGGGGGUUUGGGGUUCCCUGAGGAAGAUGCAGAGGGACUCCUGUGUGCCUGUGAGCUGAUCCUGGGUGUGGAAUCGUCUCUGCAUGGCCCAGUUUGGAACAGGCUGAUAAGGCUCCUUGUUUCUUAGCAACCCCAGCUCUGCCACAGCCAGAAACCUGCCCUUCUGCAGCUGGAGGGGAAAUUCUGAAUGUCUCAAAAGCAAAUCUCAAACCCAGACCUGUGUCUUUCCUGGGCAUGGAGGUGCCAUAUGUCCUUCUCCUAACACGACUGGUGGCAGAAGUUGCCAGCAAAUCCACGCCAAACUCGGUGUCAGAACCAGAAUGUUGUGUGGAUGUGUUGGAUUCCAACAGCUCCUGUCCAGCAACCAACCAGUGCAGUCCAGGUUGUUACAGGAGAUGGAAUGAGGAUGGAAGCAGCAGCUGCAUUAAAUGCAAAAAUGAAACCCUGCCUGUUUUCUCUGUUUACAACCUGAGCGAGUGCAGAACUACUGGGAGCAGAGGGAUGAAUUUCCAAAUGAACAUAAGCACUGUAACUCCUUUCCUACAGAGCAUAGGGGGCCCAGAAGUGGCAGCUUCCCUCAUCUUAGGGACAUUUUUCAUCAGUUUGUUCCUGAUUCUCUCUGUUGCUUCUUUCUUCUACCUCAAACGUGCCAAUAAACUCCCCAACAUUUUCUACAGAAGGAACAAAGCAUCUGUUCUCCAGCCUAGUGAAACAGCAUCCAUGAUACCUCCCCCAGCUUCUUCAGUUCGGAAGCCGCGAUACGUCCGCCGGGAACGGUCCCUGGUCACCUCCACGUCUGCUGCCAUCAUCUCCUCCUCCGAAACCAGGGUCAGCAAUGUUUAACCUUCCCUCCUGACAGAGGACCUUCACCAUUUGUGGUGUCAAAGAACCUUUUUCUGAACCCACUGAAGUGCCAGGAAAACGUUGCAAGCAGCUGACCCCGACCAGAAACCGAAUUCCCGCGUCCGAGGGUUUGUGCCAAACGUCCUCCCGGGGAUGAGCUGCUGGAGGUGACACCCAGUCCCAGGAACUCCUCUGCAAUGCACUAUUCCAGCUCUGGGGGCUCCUUUCUCUCCUGCAGGUGCUGUGUUUGAAACCUUUAAAGAAUCUGCCUUUCUUUGGAA